AUGGAGGCUUCUCGGAGUCUUCAGAAGAGCUAUCAUGAUAAGAGGCGAAAAGCACUUGAGUUUGAAAAGGAUGACCAUGUGUUUCUUAGAGUUACUCUUGUGACGGGCGUUGGUAGGGCUUUGAAGUUGCGUAAGUUGACGCCGCGUUUUAUUGGUCUAUAUCAAAUUUCUGAGAGAUUGAAGAGAUACGUUGCAGAUCCAUCUUAUGUUGUCCAAUUAGAUGAUGUGCAAGUGCGGGAUAACUUGACAGUUGAGACAUCGCCUAUUUGGAUUGAAGAUCGAAAAGUGAAGAAACUUCGUGGUAAAGAGAUAGAUUUGGUAAAAGUGGUUUGGGGAGGACCCGCAGAUGGUAAUGUGACUUUGGAACCAGAGGGUCGGAUGAAGGAUUCGUAUCCUGAGUUGUUCACUUCAGGGGUAUACCAGGUAACUCGAGAUUCUUGCAGUCCUGGUAAUACCCCAAAAUCGGGAUGCAUUCGUACCAUUCGGGACAAGUUGACACUCUUCCUUUGGGAGAUGAGUAAAAAGUCGGUUACGCCUACUGGCCUAUGA